AUGUGGUCACAAAGUGCUCAUGGUGGCGGAGUCCCGUCUUCCAGCGCGCAGUAUGACGAUCCUUACAACCAAAACCAACACGUCGACGCGCCUCACUACCAAAACGCGUACAACAACACCGUUCCCUACCAAACCCACCAUCUCGAUCCCUCCACGGACACCGGAUUCCAAGCAAACCCCAGUGCCGAGAAGAUCACAGAUGGUUACCCGCAGAACACCGAACGUGAACGCAAAGGGCGCGCGGGACUGAACCAAACGAAAUCAUGGGCAGAGGUUGGACCACCGCCGAGGAGCACAGGGAUCCUUCGGAUGUGGCGGAAGGAUGAGCGGGGGAAGCAGUGGUCAAGAGGUGGAGGCGUUCGUACCUUUUUUCGAUUCUGCUGCUGCUGUACGACCUUGUCGGUCAUCAUCAUCGUCAGCAUGCUGCUAGCGAUCGCACUUUACGUUCGGCCUCCUAAUCUCUCGCUCAACAGCAUCAACCUCGGCACAUCAGGCGUAAACCUCAACAGCAACUCGUUUUCGGUCAACAUCAAUCUUGACAUUAGUGUAUCCAACCCCAAUUGGUUCAACGUCGACUUUAAGGAGAUCUCGGCAGAUGUCAAGUAUCCCGGUGUCGACUCCAAGUUUGGCGGGGGGACAUUGUACAAUGUCAACUUUGCGGGCUAUGCCGAGUCAGGCUUUAGCUUCCCCCUGGCCUUGAAUUACUCGUCCAGUAUCGACCCCAACCAGGUCAUCUUGCAGGAUCUGAUUUCCAAAUGCGGUUCCGCCACGAGCCAGGACGUCACGGUGCAAUAUGUGCUGUACCUCAAAUUGAGGAUACUCAGCUUUGUCAUUCCAGUAACAACCAACAGCGAUGCCAGCUUCCCCUGUCCGAUCUCUGCGGCAGAUAUUAGGAAAUUGGCCGGCGGCGCGUAG